AUGUACAUGAAUAAGAUUUGCACCACAUUUUCAUGUAGAAUAUCACGACACCACCACACUAUAUUGAUGAUUGUAAAUAUUCCCUAUAUCAUAAAUACGGGUUUUAGACAUUUUGUAUUGAGAACGCAAAAGCGUCAUGCAUAUUAUUUUCCAGUGCAUUGGCUUUGCCACACAAAUUCUUGUUACGUUCAGGGUGAUGUCAAAAGACCCGCGUUAAAGAUCCUGCGAUUUUUUUUUACUUACGAAGAAAAUGUGUAUAUAUUUUUUCUAGGUUUUCAGUCUAUGGUAAUAGGGGUUGUAAGAGAAGUCAUAUUUCACAAUCAAAUGUUCUUCAAAUGGUAUCAUCAUGCUAGUCAAAUCGUUUGA